AUGGCCAGAUUCUUACAUGAGAUUUUAGAAACGUCAGUUAUUAAACCGAGAUCUCACAUUAAGGACAGUUGGGCAUUCACAAAGCUGAUUCAAAAUAGAAGGAUCGAACGAGAAGAGAUCCUCCUCUCCUUGGAUGUCACUGCCCUCUUUAAUAAUAUCCCGAAGGAGCUGGUUAUUAAAGCAAUUGAAAAAAGAUGGCAAGAGAUUUCUCAAAAAACCUUUUUUAACUUACAACAAUUUUUAUACGCUAUUGAACUUAUAUUAUCAUCAACUAGUUUUAGCUUUAAUGGACAGUUCUAUGAACAGAUUUUCGGUAGCCCUAUGGGAUCCCCGUUGUCGCCAAUCUUGGCUGACUUACAAUUAGUAAUGGACGACUUGGAGACAUUUUGUUUGGAACAACUGGAGUUUGAAGUUAACACAUAUUACAGAUACGUGGAUGAUGUGUUCACAAUAAUACCUAAUAACAAGAUAGACGACAUACUAAAAGUUUUUAACAGUUAUCAUCCACGACUUAAAUUUACACACGAAAUAGAGAAAGACUGCAAAAUAAAUUUUCUGGACGUUUCUGUAAUUAGACGCAACAACACUUUAGUGACAAAUUGGUUCCGUAAAGCUACCUUCUCGGGAAGAUACAUUAACUAUUUCUCAAACCACCCACACAAAUAUAAGACUAACAUUAUUAAUAACCUGACUGACCGAGCGGUCUUACUCUCUGACGACAGUUUCCAUGACGCAAAUUUAAAACUUGUAAAAGAAAUAUUGACUAAUAAUUGCUUCCCAACGCAUGUCAUAGACAAACAUAUAAAGUGCAGACUGAAACAAUUAAGAAACCAAAAGGACAAUCAAACUAAAGAAACUCCGUUUGACCCCAGACAAGUUGUCACCAUACCUUACAUAAAACACUUAAGUGAUAAUAUUAGUCGCACAUUUAAGAAAUGUAGCAUUCAGAUAAUCUUCACUGUCCCCAAAAAACUUAAUAAUAUAAUAAAAAAAGGGAAAGACAGACUACCCAACAAGAAACAAACUGAAUUGAUCUACAAAAUCAAUUGCGUUGAUUGUGAUGCGUGCUAUAUAGGACAAACUAAGCGACACCUUGAUACCCGAAUUAAAGAACACCUCAGCGACAUAAAGAAACAUGACAAUGACCACUCAGUGGUCAGCAAACACCGCACCACACUUGGGCACGAAUUUCAGUGGUCCUACCCCCAAAUACUUCAUAAAGAGAGAAAAAGAAAAAGAGAGGUUGCUGAACUGUUCUUUAUAAAAAGACACAGCUCUACGAUCAAUUACCAAAGGGAUACCGAAAGUUUGCCAGGGGUAUACGAAAAAAUCAUUGACAUCACCUAG